AUGACGUCCGAGCUUGGGAGCUCCCCUAAGAGAGAGCCGACACCCACUCUUCCUUUAUCCUCGGUUCCUCAAAAGCGCCCCCUUGAAGAAGGCCGUCACAGUCCUGUCGUUCCCUCGCCACUGAACCCCGAAGUCAGGCCUUCCGACUCUUUGGCACCUGAAGAUGCUGCUCAAAACUCUAGGUCCAAGUCUGCGCGAGCAAAGAAGGAUACUCUAAAGAAACGUGAGGCCAAGGGAAGCGAUAGUGUUCGUGCGACACCUGAUCCAAAACCAAAGUCGAAGCCACAGAAGAAACAGAGCGAGUCGAGCCCACUACGAUACAACUUGGGGCAGCCUAAACUGUCCAACUUCAACCCUCCGCGAGGUCCUGUCUUGACGGCACACCAUGAGGUCACGGCCCCUGAUGGCCAAACGGUCGAAUUCUUUGAAACAUCCGAUCAUGUCUCUAAUAAGAAGAGCUUCCGGUAUACUCCCUGCAUCGCCGAUCCUCUCUUCCCGUCCAUGAUCUACUACCGAAGCACUGAACCAGAGCCAUAUGGUCCCCACUUGAGCUUCGAGGACUCAGCAGGGCAUGUUUAUUUUGAUAAGUCGGCUCGUCACGUCACAACCGAAAAAGGAUUUCGCAUGGCAAGGGCAAACGUGGCUGUGAGGGAGGGCAGAUGGUACUGGGAGUGCAAAAUCACACAAGGAGUUCGACCACCAAAAGAUGGAGAAUCCAAGCCGGAGGGAGGCAAGCAUGUACGCGUGGGCUGGGCAAGACGAGAGGCAUCGCUUGAUGCGCCUGUGGGGUUCGAUGCUUACAGUUAUGGCCUCCGUGACGUUGCGGGCGAAAAGGUACAUAUGUCCCGUCCUAAGGAGUUCUUUCCUGCAGGAGAAGGCAUUCGGGAGGGGGAUAUCAUCGGCCUCGAGAUUCAACUUCCGUCAGAACAACUGCACCGCAAGGUCAUGUCUGGACAGUAUAAUCCAGUUGUUGAUCAGACCGACGAGGAACCUGCGGCCACCGCUGAAGGCCAUAACAUUGUCCGCGAUCGCUAUCCCAUACGCUUCAAAUCUCAUACUUAUUUCGAGAAGAGCGAGUACUCCCCCGCCAAAGAAUUGGAAGAUCUUAUGAACCCGACAGGGGCUGGCGGUGGCUCUUCAGAAGAACCUAGUCCUAAUCACCCUCUUCCAAGUCUCCGCACGCUUCCCAAUUCCUGCAUCCGCGUGUACAAGAAUGGCGUUUUAAUGGGUACUCCCUUCGAGAAUCUCCUUGGCUUCCUCCCACCAGCUUCACGUCCUCAAGGUCAAGGUGGCGGUCGCGAAGGCCUUGACGACGGCAUGCUCGGAUAUUACCCCGCCGUAAGUGUCUUCCAUGGAGGCGCUGUGGAGGUAAAUUUCGGUCCCGAGUUUUGGUAUCCCCCUCCAGCCGAGACCGAAGAUAGACCUGAUAAGGUCUGGUCAGGCAACGCUCGCUUGAACAGGGUGCGCCCUGUGAGCGAGCGUUAUUCUGACCAAAUUGUAGAGGACAUUGUCUGGGACAUCAUUGAUGAGGUGGACUUUUGGUCCAAAGAUGGGGGUGGGGCUACAGAUCGCCAAGGUGUGAGUGACAAGAGUGAAGCUGUCGCCAUGGCCCCUGGGCGAGAAGAGAUCAAGGAAGUGGUCCAAGACGAUUGA